AGAGCAGCAGCAUGCAUAGUGUAGUAGUAUAAGACCAUGUGUGAUUGUAAUAGCACACGCAAAAAUGGUGGCAAGACGUUGCUAAACGCACCGAACUAACUUGUCAAAUUCCCUCUUAGUUUUCAAUUGUCAUCUAAUGAUCUGCACUCGGUACCAACCACGGAACACAUCUGGAUGAUCUAAACCUUGGAUAAUAUAAGCAUGGCAGAAAUAGACCCCGAUUUCGAGCCUCAAUCCCGGCCUCGCUCCUGCACUUGGCCGCUACGGAGACCGGACUUUUUAGAGAAGCCGUCCCAGCCAUCGCCGGGAGAAGGCGCGCCGUCGACCGGCACCGGAGCACCCGAUGAAAUUCAGGACCCGGUGCUCUCUCAACAGGUCGAAAGCCCGGACAUCAAGCAAGAUUUAGCGGCCGUUGCAACCAACAGAAAGAACUGUUCACGGAGAAAUGCAUGGGGAAAUUUGUCGUACGCAGAUUUAAUAACUAAAGCCAUUCAAAGUGCACCGGAGCAGCGCUUGACAUUGUCUCAAAUCUAUGACUGGAUGGUUAAAAACGUUCCUUUCUUCAAAGAUAAAGGAGACAGCAACAGUUCGGCAGGCUGGAAAAAUUCUAUUCGACACAACCUCUCCCUGCAUAGUCGCUUCGUACGGGUCCAAAAUGAAGGAACGGGAAAGAGCUCCUGGUGGAUGAUUAACCCCGACGCUAAGCCCGGUAAGUCGUCCCGCCGGCGAGCCUCCAGCAUGGACACCAGCAACCCCAAGUGGGAAAAGAAACGUGGCCGAGCCAAGAAGAAGGUCCUGGAGGAGCACGCCAAGUGGAACACCAGCCCAACGCCCAAGUUUGAGGGUGGGGAACCUGAGACGUCGCUGUCGCUCGCACUGAGUUCUGAAUUCCGCUCGCGAGCCAGUUCCAACGCCAGCAGUUGCGGGCGUCUAUCCCCCAUCAAUCAGAUGGUUGAACUGACGGAUAUGCAUGACAACGAGGCCCCACCCAUGUCACCCGGUGCCUACGAUAUCGGCCACCAUACACAACCUUAUGAGAGUCCAGAUCACCUCCAUACAGACCAACUAACAUCACUCGCCCAGGCCAUGAGUCUUAACGCCUCGCUGAACGGCUCAGUGAGUUCGGAUCUGAACAGUUCAGUUGAACAGCUGAGAGUGCCGGCACCCAGAAGGCCCUCUCCACAGCACACAAGUCGCGGACCUCUUUUCCAGAAUGGUGUUUCAAACAACUCCAAUGGCUACAUGUUUUCCCCCUCCCCUAGCUUCAGUGGGUCCGAUAUAUCCCCUGUACAUAGUAAUGUGCAGAGUCCAGCGUAUAGUCCCUACGGCCAGAAUUCUGCCAUGAGUCCUAUGGCUCAGCAGCGCUGCUCCCCGUCGAUGAGUGUCACCGACAUGUCACAGCCUUUCACCAUGAAUGUUCCACAACAACAGCAGCAGCAAACACCCUCAGCCUUCACCAUGAUGCCACAUCAGGAUCCCAGCGUCAUCCUGUCCAAGCGCGACCCGAUGCUGUCCCACUCGACGCUUGGGCCGGGCAGCAUGAUGCACCAACGCCCCACCAACCUGCCGACGUGCCGCGUUCAGACCUCUAUCUCGCAGGGCCGGUCGCUGCAAGGGUUCAGUCCGCAGACCAGCCCGAGCAACCCGCUGUCGGGGCUGCUGCUACCGAAUGCUGUCACGGCGUCCCAGACCAACCACAUGUCCAGCCCCACCCACGUAUCCCUCAACGCCCACUACGCGCAGUCCAUGAACCAACUCCUUCAGAGCAGUCCGAUGACUACCAACACCAGUGACAGGGUACCCACUGAUCUUCAGAGUCUUAACGUGGACAUGUUUAAGGAUAUGCACUGCGACAUAGAGUCUGUGAUUCAUGAUGAACUUAAGAUGGACGACGGGAACCUGGACUUCAAUUUUGAUGGGCCAAUCAACAACCAGACGGUCGCCCCAAACUGGGUUCAUUAA